CUCCAUUCAAAUUCCCACCUAAGGUUCUUUCCUCCUGCCCAAAAUUUUAAAGGGUCCCCCGCCAGUAAGAAAAUCUGCCCCUCAUUAAACUUGUCGCAAAAAAGCCGUCUUCUUCUUCUUCCUCCCCCUCGACUAGUACUUUCCACUCAGAAAAUAACAAUCCCUACCGUCAAUCUUCUUCUUCCUCGACCUCGAUAAUUACACCUCAUUCACCUUGUCUAUCGCUCAUUAAUCUGCUUCGUAGCUACCGACAAUAUGAUUAUCUUCAGAGAUGUUCUCACCGAGCGCAAGGACGAGCUCCUGUCUGACUCUUUCGAGGUCAAGGAGAUUGAUGGGAUUGCCUACGAAGCUGACUGUGCUAUGAUUGAAAUCGGCGCAGUCGAAGUCAACACUGGUGCCAACGCAUCUGCCGAGGAGGCUGAUGAGGGUACUGAGGAUGGCGCCCAGAAGGUCAACAACAUCAUCCACUCUUUCCGUCUACAGCCCACCAGCUUUGACAAGGCCACAUAUUUGGCAUAUCUUAAGGGCUACAUGAAGAAGCUCGCCAAGCACCUUCAGGAAACCGGCUCAUCCCCCGAGGAAGUCAAGGACUUCCAGACUAAGGCCCAGGGAUUCGCCAAGAAGAUCAUCAGCAACUUCAAGGACUACGAAUUCUACACUGGCGAGAGCAUGGAUGUUGACGGAAUGGUUGUCCUCCUCAACUACCGUGAGGACGGUAUCACUCCUUAUAUUACCAUCUGGAAGCACGGCGUGGAGUCGAUGAAGGUUUAAGAUAAUAGCCUCAUUUAUCAAGGCGGAAAACCUGACAACGAAUGUCAUAAACG